AUGAGCCACUACGUGUAUGAUUAUGGGGCUUCCGGCUACCAGCACUCACAACCAUAUACAUACUCGACAAAUCAGACCUACACCGAACCGCCUUCUAGCCAGAACGAGACGGCAAAGAGUCAUGCUUAUGGUCAGGGAGUUGAAGCGUACGAAUACAAUCAGACAUCCAUCCCAGGCUUAGGCAUGGGGUUUUCUCACAAUUCCACAAGUUGGCAGCCGACAUCACCACAAAGCUUUCCUGUAAUCCAGUCUGAUCCUACUGGCGCAGCUGUAGAUGGUCAGAUGAUGGGAUUUGGCGAGAAAAGUGUACCGGGCAGCUUUUUGUCGCAUGGCCAACGACCAGACGUUGAAAAGGCUGCGGAUACAAUGCAGGAGGGUGAGCUCAGUGAAGGUGAACUGGAAGAUAUUUAUGAACCUGACGAAACAGUCCCUGGCGGGAUUGGUAGAUAUGACGCCCAGCCAUCAGGUUCUAUGCUCCACCUCAGCCAUCAAGACCACUCAUCUCGGCUGCCUAUUGGGUUGCAGUCUGGUCAUAAUGUCAAUGAACGGGUUGGGAACUCAAAACAACCCGGCCGCGAGCGUUCUGGUUCAUAUUCGCCUUAUCUCUCACCUCGCGAGAUGCAAUCGAAUGAGAUAUCACAUGCUCAAUCCCCACACGGUGGUAUUGACCCAACAACUGAGGAAGCCGUUGUGCUCGUGAAGAGUGUAUAUCCUUCUGACAGCAACGACUCAUCGAGUCUAGAGAUCAUGAAACGAGAUGCAGAUGCAAUUUUUUCAGAGUCAAAGAAGAAGGCUCAAGAGGCUAUCCUGCGCCUCUGGCCACUGAACAUCCGCUAUCAUAAUUUCGUUGAAGAAGGUAUCGAUCGCUCACUGCUCGAUGAGCUAUUCACAGAAUUGGGUCUCGAUCUAGGGACCACUAUUGCGAGCCAAGAACAGCCAGACACCUCGACAGGUUCGACUAGUACCAGCGCACUAAGCAAUGCGCGCAAUGCAGCGGUUCCAUCCGCCUCAUCAGAUGUCGCCGUCGUACAGACAAAGACGACAGAUCAGGUGAAGGAUAAAGCCGAAGAACGAAAGGAUCGGAUAGCCCGGCUUUUAGCUGCAAAAGGGUCCAAGACCACAACAGUAGAAGCAGACGAGCACAAGCCUGCCACAUCAGUAUCCAUUUUGACGAGUAACGCAAAAUCAGAGAAGACUACAGCACAAUCAGAAAAGUCGAAACUAAUACAAAGGAAGAUGGAAGCCCUAAUGAAGGCGCGGGAGGCAAACGCAAAGGCUACGCCUCAAGUCCCUACAUCUCAAGAGCCUCAAUUAUCUCAGCCAGCCCCUGAAAAUAGCAGAUCCCCCAGUCUUCCACCAGCUGUCUCAACCAGUGUCAAUGAACAGCAAGAUACAGCACCGGAAAACGCGGAUCCGGCUGCGGCACCUCCGAUCCCAGGGCUAUUCCUGUCUUCCAAUGCACCUUCUCCGACUCCUAAUCAACGCAAACGACCUGUUGCGGCGGACUUGAAUGAAAACUCCACACCAGCAUCACAAAAGCGUCCAUUCGGUCAAACACGGGAAUCCCGCCCAUUCCUGAUCGACGUCAGUGAUGACGAAGAUGAUGCCGAGAUGGACAUCGAUCCCCCCGAACUGCACUCCUUUGCAACGCAGCGAGACCCAACGCCUGGCUCGAGAACGGCGUCGUUUCGCGAAUAUCCAACUUUGUCUGAUAGCGCGUCUCGUCACGCAGUAUCUAGCCCCAAAACUGUUGGAACUCCCACCUCAAGUGCUAAUGGCGUGUACAAUUUGGAGAGCAUGAACAAAAAGAUUGAGGAGAUGAAGCGAAGAAUUGCUGAAGCUGAAGCCCGUAAGAAGGCAAAACAGUCGGGCAAUAAUUCGCCUUUGCCCCAGUCUGAGCCUCAAUCAAAGGAAGGCAGCGUGGAUGCUUCGGUUCCAUCUCCUCUGGCAACGCGUGCCGUAUCAACAACAGCGACAGAGGUCCAGAACAGUUCCGCAUCGAAUGGAUCCCGACCCUCUUCGCCGCAUCUUGGUGCCAAGUUGCCUAAAGUCAGGGGGCAACCUCAACUGGCUAGACCUUCGCUCCGUGCUCGUGUUGCCAGUGAGCGUCUGCCAAUUCUAGAAGCCCAGUUAAGAGAGCAAGCCGAGCAGCUAAAGCAUUACGAAUCCGAAGUUGCUAGAAUCAAACUAGAGAUGGAGAACAGCUUGGCUGAAGAGGAGCGUCUUCGGAAAGAUGCUAUACAGACUGAGCCAGCAGCACCGAUGGAGGAUGAGUCUGAGCCAGACACUGUCCAGAGAAAAACAUCGGAUUUGGAGACGCCGGUCAACAAUUCUCCGCGAGAGUCUGUUCCGGGUCACACUUUGAAUGCGUCUACAGAUAAUCAUAAAGUCACUACCUCCUACCAUGAUGUCGAACAGGAUGCGUUGAUGGAUGAAUCCUCAAGCACUGGGUCAACCGACGAUCAAGAAACGAGUGAGCAUUAUCAAGACGCAUCCCAAUCACAUGAGAAAUACAGGGUGGGAGAGGGUAAAAUCGUCGAUGGCCACUCUUCAUGGACAACACAGCCUCCAUCGGUACACGAUACAAUUGACGCAGCUGGUGAGACUGCAGUCGAUGAUGUUGAAGAUUCAGACGAAGAUGUAGCCAUGGAAGAAGCUGAUACCUCCAGUGAAGAAGAGGAUGUGGAAGAGGAGGCUGAUUCUGACGACUAUGAGCCAACAGAUGCUAUAGUUAAUCUGCCAGACACGGAGUCCCCUGUUUGGCGACAAUCUUUACCCCGUCAAGCACCGGUAGAUAACACAGUGUUAGAGACAAGUGAUACUGAUCUCCAAGGCUUGUCAAUGACAACACCGAUCACUCAACCAUUUUCGACAGGCGACGGCGAUACAGAUUCCGAAUCCAAUCGAGAAGUCGAGAUUCUAAAGACUUCGCAAGUUAGUGAUGGUCCUGGAACAUCAUUUGUUCCAUACCAAACGCCUCUCCAAUAUUUCAGAUCUUACCGCUUUCAUCCUCAGUAUAACAACUCAGUGGCUGGGGGAUUACGCUCCUUGACGUAUAGCAACAAGAUUGACGUAUCGAGGGAAGUAUGCCCUGACCAACUCACUCAAGGAGUCUGCUCCAAGGGCAGCGAGUGCCAUUUCCAGCAUUUCGAAAACAUGCAGGUUCCGGAUGAUCAAAUUCUCCUUCAACUUGGUGCCUCGGGCAAUUGCGAAGCAGGACAGCACGAUCAGUAUGUUUUAGGACUACGCAAAUUGCUUGCAGACUUCCGCAACCAAAAGGUGAAGGACUUCGAAGCCAUCAGCAAAGGCAUCAUCGAGUAUCGUGCCAGCUUUCUCGGCGACAAAACGAAAAUACUUCCAUUGGGUGGUGUUACCCUUUAA